AUGUCUCAACCUCUUUGGUUCACACAUAUCCUAGGACAUCUGAAACCAACUGCGGCAAAGUUAGACGGAGUCAGGUGGACCAGGGGUGGUGGGAUCAGAAGUGCGGUGAAGUUAGGUGAAGUUAGGUUGGUCAAGGAUGGAGGGAGCAGGGAUGGAGGGAGCAAAAGUACGGCGAAGUUAGGCAAAGUGAGGUCGGUUAAUGAUGGAGGAAUCAGGAGUACGGCAAAGUUAGGCGAGGUUAGAAGGACAGGUGUUUGGUGGUUCAAGGAAGUUGGCCGAAGAGGGGUGGAUACUAUAGCUGAGAAGAUUGCUGAAGUUCUCCAGCGAUCCUUGAUUGUUGGCAGUAGCAAAAGAUAG